AUGACUAGUAAACAUUACUCACCAGGAGGUGAGUAGCAGCAUCCUCGGUAUCCCAAAUGUUGUUGCCAAAGUACUGCACACAUAUGUGCAACCAUAUAGCAACCAACGCUGCUAACGGUCUAAAAUAAGGUGGAUAAGUGUGUAAAGAAUGUGUACAUAGCUACAUCAUCAACUCCUGGUUGUCAGUAAGUCAGUGAGUGACAUUUCCUGAAUUGUCUUGUUUGUUGAUCACAUUGAAAUUGGAAGAAAAUAACUCAACAUAAUCUUAGCUUCGUUCGACCAUCCUGACCAUCCUGAUUACAUUCUGUUUCUCUACAUGGUCAGGAGGGUGGAUUAGGAGUUAGACAUCUUUCCCUGCAUCUACAUGAUGUUGUUCUCUCCUCCCCAGCAUAGAGAACCUGUGUGUGAAACCAGUUUCAUUCCAAAGUUGUUUCCAGUUCCUCCUGGAAUGACUUUCUGUUUGCCCUCUUCAGACAGCAACCCUCUCAGGUGUGUGGACCUCUGUUUUCCCUCAUAGGGAAUUUCCUGUCAGGAUCAAAAACACCAUCUCAGGGUUUAUCUGCUUUUCUCAUAUGGUUUCCCUCUGUAAGCCGCUCCUCCUCCUCCUCUACUGCUCUUCCUCUCAUCUCUACUAUCCUCUCUCCUCAGUCUCCUACAGAGCUGCCUGAUCGCACCCGACCCAAUCAACGAAUCUCAGCCCCACUGACGACCGACGACUAGACUGUAACACUCAGUCAUGGACUCCGCAGUCUAUCGCCCAGAGCUCCGACGAGCCGCAUAGUGACUCGUCGAGAGAGGCAGAGAGUAGAGCGUCGUGCAGAUGGACGCAAGGACGAGAUGGUCCCCAGCUACAGACUCGCCAAAAGUAGUAGCCCAGACUCAAACAGAUCCUCCUAUCCCCUUAUUCACUCCUCUCGUACCCUCUCUUCUCUUCUCAUCUCCAUACUCUCAUCCUACUUCUCAUCUUCUCGAUGCUCAUAUCACUAGGUUCUAAGCCACGAAGACGAAUCGUCUCACUGAACGAAUCUAGACCCUCACGAGAUCAGAACCUCGUAGAUCCGGAGUAGCGACGCAACCAUUACCGACAGAGAUGGAGCAGACGAAAGAGCGAUUAGGCUGACCAGUACUGACGCGUAACGAGUGAGACCAGAAGUGCCAAGGCAAGAGUCCCGUGCAACACGACAGUGGCGACUGCGAGAGAGAGAGCCGAGGGAGUCAGUAGGACAUUUGUGCAGCUAUCCUAUGCUCACUCAUAUCCUGCGUGACAUUGAACACACAUGCAUCAUGGGCAUAGCAGACACAACUGGUUAGCUCCUAUCAAGCAUUACCCCUUGUAUACGUUGUCAGCUGUACUCUACCUACCUAUUUGGAUGCAGCCGAAGAGACUUACCCCUGCUACCUCUGCAGCUAUGGCUGCUUCUAUCUGUUGCUGUACAUCCACAGUCCGACACACUGCCUCGGCUACCCGUGCUACACGGUGCUAGAAACAAUGGCUUGGCAGGAUUAACCCUAGCUAGCCAUAGUUAGCUGACAGGUUUUGUUAAUAUUAAGAUCGCUUCUGCAGGCUGCUCCUGAUGUGUACAAACAGCCGAGCAGAUCCGCUCGCCAUAAGGUGGCAGUGCUUAGAAAACACUAUGGCAGUUGGCUAGUGUAACCCUAGCCAUUAGCCAAAUAGUUCAGCUGAACAACUGUUUGUGUCAUAAUAGUGUAAAGUCAUUUGGUCAAUUGUUAUAAUGGUCGUUGCACGAAAUGAGGGCUUUUGUGUCCCUUUGAUAUCUUAAGUAGAAAUUGUGCACCAAUAUUGCAUAAAAAUAAAUACAAAAAGUGAAUAAAAGUUUGCUAAAGGUGAGCUUGUUCUACUGUUUUUGUAAAUUUUCUGGUGUUUUGUGGUGGAAAACUGAGUGGGUCGAUCAUAACACGGCAACCCGUUACCCAUAGAUAGACAGGCUAGAAAUGAUUGAACAAUUUCAUUUUUUGGGUGAAGCUUGCAUUCAAUUGCUACUUCCUGUUGCACACAACAAAAGGGGAUUUAUGGCUACUUAAGAACAAAUCGUCAACCCUGUUACGGUCAACCCUGUUACUUUAUUUGGCACUUAAUAGGCACUUACUGUAGGAUUUUCUAUUUUUUAUUUAACCUCUUGAGAUGGGAAAAUGUGUUUUAAUCAAGUUGAACAUGUGCUCUUUAUGACAGAAUGUUCAAAUUAGGUGAAGUCAAAAGUUCAUUACACUUCUCAAAAGGCACCGAAUUGGUGGAACGACCCAUAAGUUGACAUCACGUUUCUUCACCAUUUAAUAAAACAUACCCCUCCUCUCCUCCUGCCAUGUUCCUCCUCUUCCUCUCUCUCUUCCUCCUCUCCUCCUCCUCCUCCUCCUCCCCUCCUCCUCCUCAUUCUACUCCUCCACCUCCUCCUCUGUAUCUCCCAGCUGGGUCAGAGUCCAGGGGAGGACAACCCUAUCUUCCUGCCCAGUGAUGGUCAGUAUGACUGGAUGCUAGCUAAGAUCUGGGUCCGCUCCUCUGACUUCCACAUCCACCAGACAGUCACCCACCUGCUGAGGACUCACCUGGUCUCGGAGGUGUUUGGAGUGGCCAUGUUCAGACAGCUGCCUUCUGUACACCCCGCAUAUAAGGUACACCAACUACACUUCAGUCUGUGCCUGAGUUUUGUUCCUGCUCAUGUGACUGAUUCGAUGAUUGAUUGAUAGGUUGAUUCAUUGAUUCAUGGAUUGGUUAGUUAGAUGAUUGGUUGAUUUAUUUAUGUAUUGAUUGAUUGAUCGAUUGGUUGACUGACUGACUGACUGACUGAUGGUCUGUCCUCCUCUAGUUGCUCCUUCCUCACGUUCGUUUCACCAUCGCCAUCAACACCAAGGCCAGAGAGCAACUCAUCUGUGAGUUUGGCAUCUUCGAUAAGGUGAGAGCUUGUGUGUGUGUUUGACAGAGCGAGCGAGAGAGACAGAGCCAUAGACAGAGCCAGUUAAUGUGUCUGUCUCUCCACAGGCCAACGGGACAGUUAAUGUGUCUGUCUCUCCACAGGCCAAUGGGACAGUUAAUGUGUCUGUCUCUCCACAGGCCAACGGGACAGUUAAUGUGUCUGUCUCUUCACAGGCCAACGGGACAGUUAAUGUGUCUGUCUCUUCACAGGCCAACGGGACAGUUAAUGUGUCUGUCUCUCCACAGGCCAACGGGACAGUUAAUGUGUCUGUCUCUCCACAGGCCAACGGGACAGUUAAUGUGUCUGUCUCUUCACAGGCCAACGGGACAGUUAAUGUGUCUGUCUCUUCACAGGCCAACGGGACAGUUAAUGUGUCUGUCUCUCCACAGGCCAACGGGACAGUUAAUGUGUCUGUCUCUUCACAGGCCAACGGGACAGUUAAUGUGUCUGUCUCUUCACAGGCCAACGGGACAGUUAAUGUGUCUGUCUCUCCACAGGCCAACGGGACAGUUAAUGUGUCUGUCUCUCCACAGGCCAACGGGACAGUUAAUGUGUCUGUCUCUCCACAGGCCAACGGUACAGAUAAUGUGUCUGUCUCUCCACAGGCCAACGGUACAGAUAAUGUGUCUGUCUCUCCACAGGCCAACGGUACAGGAGGUGGAGGUCAUGUAGAGAUGAUCCAGAAGGCCAUGAGGCAACUGACCUUCAGAUCUCUGUGUUUCCCUGAUGCCAUUAAGGCCCGCGGGGUGGACAGCCCUGAGGACCUACCCUACUACUACUACAGAGAUGACGGGAACAGGGUCUGGGACGCCACCAAGAGGUCAGAGGUCAUAGGGGUGUGUGUAUGUGGGGGGGGGGGGGGGUCUGUGUGUGUGUGUCCUCCUUGACACAGUAUUGAAGGAGGAGUAGAACCAGACCAAUCACCAGGAAGAGAUGCCAUGAAAUGGCCAUGAGGUGGCUAACCUUAAAGCUAACCCUAACCCUAGCUUCAUGUCCACACACCGGCUCAACCCUCACCCUAGCCAUAACCAUAACCCUAAAGUCCUGGACAUUACCAUAACCCUAGCUUCAUGUCCAUAUCCCUGAUCAACCCUAACCCUAGCUUCAUGUCCAUAUCCCUGAUCAACCCUAACCCUAGCUUCAUGUCCAUAUCCCUGAUCAAUACUAACCCUAGCUUCAUGUCCAUAUCCCUGAUCAAUACUAACCCUAGCUUCAUGUCCAUAUCCCUGAUCAACCCUAACCCUAGCUUCAUGUCCAUAUCCCUGAUCAACCCUAACCCUAGCUUCAUGUCCAUAUCCCUGAUCAACCCUAACCCUAGCUUCAUGUCCACAUCCCUGAUCAAUACUAACCCUAGCUUCAUGUCCAUAUCCCUGAUCAACCCUAACCCUAGCUUUCUGUCCACAUCCCUGAUCAACCCUAACCCUAGCUUCAUGUCCAUAUCCCUGAUCAAUACUAACCCUAGCUUCAUGUCCAUAUCCCUGAUCAACCCUAACCCUAGCUUCAUGUCCAUAUCCCUGAUCAAUACUAACCCUAGCUUCAUGUCCAUAUCCCUGAUCAACCCUAACCCUAGCUUCAUGUCCAUAUCCCUGAUCAAAACUAACCCUAGCUUCAUGUCCAUAUCCCUGAUCAAUACUAACCCUAGCUUCAUGUCCAUAUCCCUGAUCAAUACUAACCCUAGCUUCAUGUCCAUAUCCCUGAUCAACCCUAACCCUAGCUUCAUGUCCAUAUCCCUGAUCAAUACUAACCCUAGCUUCAUGUCCAUAUCCCUGAUCAACCCUAACCCUAGCUUCAUGUCCAUAUCCCUGAUCAAUACUAACCCUAGCUUCAUGUCCAUAUCCCUGAUCAAUACUAACCCUAGCUUCAUGUCCAUAUCUUCAGACAGCAUUGAGGAGUACACCACAUCAGUCACUGGCUUCAUCAAUAAGUGCAUCGAUGAUGUCGUCCCCACAGUGACCGUACGUACAUACCCCAACCAGAAGCCAUGGAUUACAGGAAACAUCCGCACUGAGCUAAAGGGUAGAGCUGCCGCUUUCAAGGAACGGGACUCUAACCCGGACGCUUAUAAGAAAUCCCGCUAUGACCUCCGACGAACCAUCAAACAGGCAAAGAGUCAAUACAGGUCUAAGAUUGAAUCAUACUACACUGGCUCUGACGCUCGUCGGAUGUGGCAGGGCUUGAAAACUAUUACAGACUACAAAGGGAAGCACAGCCGCGAGCUGCCCAGUGACACAAGCCUACCAGACGAGCUAAACCACUUCUAUGCUCGCUUCGAGGCAAGCAACACUGAAGCAUGCAUGAGAGCACCAGCUGUUCCGGAUGACUAUGUGAUCACGCUCUCCGUAGCCGAUGUGAGUAAGACUUUUAAGCAGGUCAACAUUCACAAGGCCGCAGGGCCAGACGGAUUACCAGGACGUGUACUCCGAGCAUGUGCUGACCAACUGGCAAGUGUCUUCACUGACAUUUUCAACAUGUCCCUGACUGAGUCUGUAAUACCAACAUGUUUCAAGCAGACCACCAUAGUCCCCGUGCCCAAGGACUCUAAGAUAACCUGCCUAAAUGACUACCGACCCGUAGCACUGACGUCUGUAGCCAUGAAGUGCUUUGAAAGGCUGGUCAUGGCUCACAUCAACAGCAUUAUCCCAGAAACCCUAGACCCACUCCAAUUUGCAUACCGCCCCAACAGAUCCACAGAUGAUGCAAUCUCUAUCGCACUCCACACUGCCCUUUCCCACCUGGACAAGAGGAACACCUACGUGAGAAUGCUAUUCAUUGACUACAGCUCAGCAUUCAACACCAUAGUGCCCUCUAAGCUCAUCACUAAGCUAAGGAUCCUGGGACUAAACACCUCCCUCUGCAACUGGAUCCUGGACUUCCUGACGGGCCGCCCCCAGGUGGUAAGGGUAGGUAACAACACAUCUGCCACACUGAUCCUCAACACGGGGGCCCCUCAGGGGUGCGUGCUCAGUCCCCUCCUGUACGCUCUGUUCACCCAUGACUGCAUGGCCAGGCACGACUCCAACACCAUCAUUAAGUUUGCCGACGACACAACAGUGGUAGGCCUGAUCACCGACAACGAUGAGACAGCCUAUAGGGAGGAGGUCAGAGAUCUGGCCGUGUGGUGCCAGGACAACAACCUCUCCCUCAACGUGACCAAGACAAAGGAGAUGAUUGUGGACUACAGGAAAAAAAAUAGGACUGAGCACGCCCCCAUUCUCAUCGACGGGGCUGUAGUGGAACAGGUUGAGAGCUUCAAGUUCCUUGGUGUCCACAUCACCAACGAACUAUCAUGGUCCAAACACACCAAGACAGUCGUGAAGAGGGCACGACAAAGCCUAUUCCCCCUCAGGAGACUAAAAAGAUUUGGCAUGGGUCCUCAGAUCCUCAAAAAAUUCUACAGCUGCACCAUCGAGAGCAUCCUGACUGGUUGCAUCACCGCCUGGUAUGGCAACUGCUUGGCCUCCGACCGCAAGGCACUACAGAGGGUAGUGCGUACGGCCCAGUACAUCACUGGGGCAAAGCUUCCUGCCAUCCAGGACCUCUAUACCAGGCGGGUGUCAGAGGAAGGCCCUCAAAAUUGUCAAAGACUCCAGCCACCCUAGUCAUAGACUGUUCUCUCUGCUACCGCACGGCAAGCGGUACCGGAGUGCCAAGUCUAGGUCCAAAAGACUUCUCAACAGCUUCUACCCCCCAAGCCAUAAGACUCCUGAACAGCUAAUCAUGGCUACCCGGACUAUUUGCACUGCCCCCCCCCACCCCAUCCUUUUUACGCUGCUGCUACUCUGUUAAGUAUUUAUGCAUAGUCACUUUAACUCUACCCACAUGUACAUAUUACCUCAACUAGCCGGUGCCCCCGCACAUUGACUCUGCAACGGUACCCCCCUGUAUAUAUAGCCUCCCUACUGUCACUUUAUUUUACUUCUGCUCUUUUUUUUCUCAACACUUUUUUUUGUUGUUGUUUUAUUCUUACUUUUUUUUGUUUAAAAUAAAUGCACUGUUGGUUAAGGGCUGUAAGUAAGCAUUUCACUGUAAUGUCUGCACCUGUUGUAUUCGGCGCAUGUGACCAAUAAAAUUAGAUUAGAUUUGAUUUGAUCCCUGAUCAAUACUAACCCUAGCUUCAUGUCCAUAAACCUGAUCAAUACUAACCCUAGCUUCAUGUCCAUAUCCCUGAUCAACCCUAACCCUAGCUUCAUGUCCAUAUCCCUGAUCAACCCUAACCCUAGCUUCAUGUCCAUAUCCCUGAUCAACCCUAACCCUAGCUUCAUGUCCAUAUCCCUGAUCAACCCUAACCCUAGCUUCAUGUCCAUAUCCCUGAUCAACCCUAACCCUAGCUUCAUGUCCAUAUCCCUGAUCAACCCUAACCCUAGCUUCAUGUCCAUAUCCCUGAUCAACCCUAACCCUAGCUUCAUGUCCAUAUCCCUGAUCAAUACUAACCCUAGCUUCAUGUCCAUAUCCUUGAUCAACCCUAACCCUAGCUUCAUGUCCAUAUCCCUGAUCAACCCUAACCCUAGCUUCAUGUCCAUAUCCCUGAUCAACCCUAACCCUAGCUUCAUGUCCAUAUCCCUGAUCAAUACUAAACCUAGCUUCAUGUCCAUAUCCCUGAUCAACCCUAACCCUAGCUUCAUGUCCAUAUCCCUGAUCAAUACUAACCCUAGCUUCAUGUCCAUAUCCCUGAUCAACCCUAACCCUAGCUUCAUGUCCAUAUCCCUGAUCAAUACUAACCCUAGCUUCAUGUCCAUAUCCCUGAUCAAUACUAAACCUACCUUCAUGUCCAUAUCCCUGAUCAAUACUAAACCUAACCCUAGCUUCAUGUCCAUAUCCCUGAUCAAUACUAACCCUAGCUUCAUGUCCAUAUCCCUGAUCAAUACUAAACCUAACCCUAGCUUCAUGUCCAUAUCCCUGAUCAACCCUAACCCUAGCUUCAUGUCCAUAUCUCUGAUCAACCCUAACCCUAGCUUCAUGUCCAUAUCCCUGAUCAAUACUAACCCUAGCUUCAUGUCCAUAUCCCUGAUCAACCCUAACCCUAGCUUCAUGUCCAUAUCCCUGAUCAAUACUAACCCUAGCUUCAUGUCCAUAUCUCUGAUCAACCCUAACCCUAGCUUCAUGUCCAUAUCCCUGAUCAAUACUAACCCUAGCUUCAUGUCCAUAUCCCUGAUCAAUACUAACCCUAGCUUCAUGUCCAUAUCUCUGAUCAAUACUAACCCUAGCUUCAUGUCCAUAUCCCUGAUCAACCCUAACCCUAGCUUCAUGUCCAUAUCCCUGAUCAAUACUAACCCUAGCUUCAUGUCCAUAUCCCUGAUCAAUACUAACCCUAGCUUCAUGUCCAUAUCUCUGAUCAACCCUAACCCUAGCUUCAUGUCCAUAUCCCUGAUCAAUACUAACCCUAGCUUCAUGUCCAUAUCCCUGAUCAAUACUAACACUAGCUUCAUGUCCAUAUCCCUGAUCAACCCUAACCCUAGCUUCAUGUCCAUAUCCCUGAUCAAUACUAACCCUAGCUUCAUGUCCAUAUCUCUGAUCAACCCUAACCCUAGCUUCAUGUCCAUAUCCCUGAUCAACCCUAACCCUAGCUUCAUGUCCAUAUCCCUGAUCAACCCUAACCCUAGCUUCAUGUCCAUAUCCCUGAUCAAUACUAACCCUAGCUUCAUGUCCAUAUCCCUGAUCAACCCUAACCCUAGCUUCAUGUCCAUAUCCCUGAUCAAUACUAACCCUAGCUUCAUGUCCAUAUCUCUGAUCAACCCUAACCCUAGCUUCAUGUCCAUAUCCCUGAUCAAUACUAAACCUAACCCUAGCUUCAUGUCCAUAUCCCUGAUCAAUACUAACCCUAGCUUCAUGUCCAUAUCCCUGAUCAACCCUAACCCUAGCUUCAUGUCCAUAUCCCUGAUCAACCCUAACCCUAGCUUCAUGUCCAUAUCCCUGAUCAACCCUAACCCUUGCUUCAUGUCCAUAUCCCUGAUCAAUACUAACCCUAGCUUCAUGUCCAUAUCUCUGAUCAACCCUAACCCUAGCUUCAUGUCCAUAUCCCUGAUCAAUACUAACCUAACCCUAGCUUCAUGUCCAUAUCCCUGAUCAACCCUAACCCUAUGUCCAUAUCCCUGAUCAACACUAACCCUAGCUUCAUGUCCAUAUCCCUGAUCAAUACUAAACCUAACCCUAGCUUCAUGUCCAUAUCCCUGAUCAACCCUAACCCCCAUAUCCCUGAUCAAUACUAACCCUAGCUUCAUGUCCAUAUCCCUGAUCAAUACUAACCCUAGCUUCAUGUCCAUAUCUCUGAUCAACCCUAACCCUAGCUUCAUGUCCAUAUACCUGAUCAAUACUAAACCUAACCCUAGCUUCAUGUCCAUAUCCCUGAUCAACCCUAACCCUAGCUUCAUGUCCAUAUCCCUGAUCAAUACUAACCCUAGCUUCAUGUCCAUAUCCCUGAUCAAUACUAACCCUAGCUUCAUGUCCAUAUCCCUGAUCAAUACUAAACCUAACCCUAGCUUCAUGUCCAUAUCCCUGAUCAACCCUAACCAUUUUUUACAUUUUAGUCAUUUAGCAGACGCUCUUAUCCAGAGCGACUUACAGGAGCAAUUAGGGUUGUGCCUUGCUCAAGGGCACAUCGACAGAUUUUUCACCUAGUCGGCUCGGGGAUUAGAACCAGCGACCUUUCGGUUACUGGCACAAUGCUCUUAACCACUAAGCUACCUGACGCCCCAUGUCCAUAUCCCUGAUCAACACUAAACCUAGCUUCAUGUCCAUAUCCCUGAUCAACCCUAACCCUAGCUUCAUGUCCAUAUCCCUGAUCAACCCUAACCCUAGCUUCAUGUCCAUAUCCCUGAUCAACCCUAACCCUAGCUUCAUGUCCAUAUCCCUGAUCAACCAUAACCCUAGCUUCAUGUCCAUAUCCCUGAUCAACACUAACCCUAGCUUCAUGUCCACAUCAUUGAUCAACCCUAACCCUAGCUCCAUGUCCAUAUCCCUGAUCAAUACUAAACCUAACCCUAGCUUCAUGUCCAUAUCCCUGAUCAACCCUAACCCUAGCUUCAUGUCCAUAUCCCUGAUCAACACUAACCCUAGCUUCAUGUCCAUAUCCCUGAUCAAUACUAACCCUAGCUUCAUGUCCAUAUCCCUGAUCAAUACUAACCCUAGCUUCAUGUCCAUAUCCCUGAUCAAUACUAACCCUAGCUUCAUGUCCAUAUCCCUGAUCAACACUAACCCUAGCUUCAUGUCCACAUCAUUGAUCAACACUAACCCUAGCUUCAUGUCCAUAUCCCUGAUCAACACUAACCCUAGCUUCAUGUCCACAUCAUUGAUCAAUACUAACCCUAGCUUCAUGUCCACAUCAUUGAUCAACCCUAACCCUAGCUUCAUGUCCACAUCAUUGAUCAAUACUAACCCUAGCUUCAUGUCCACAUCAUUGAUCAACACUAACCCUAGCUUCAUGUCCAUAUCCCUGAUCAAUACUAACCCUAGCUUCAUGUCCAUAUCCCUGAUCAACCCUAACCCUAGCUUCAUGUCCAUAUCCCUGAUCAAUACUAACCCUAGCUUCAUGUCCAUAUCCCUGAUCAACCCUAACCCUAGCUUCAUGUCCAUAUCCCUGAUCAACACUAACCCUAGCUUCAUGUCCACAUCAUUGAUCAACACUAACCCUAGCUUCAUGUCCAUAUCCCUGAUCAACCAUAACCCUAGCUUCAUGUCCAUAUCCCUGAUCAACACUAACCCUAGCUUCAUGUCCACAUCAUUGAUCAACACUAACCCUAGCUUCAUGUCCACAUCAUUGAUCAACCCUAACCCUACAUUUUUGUUUGUCCCUAGUUUUGUGUGGGACGUGGUGUGUAUCUACUACGACAGUGAUGCCACAGUACAGAAGGAUGAGGAGAUCCAGGCGUUUGUUAAAGAUGUCUGCAGCUUUGGGAUGCAGGACCUUGACUGCUGUGGUGGGUACAAACACAUAAUAACCAACAAACACUACAAUGGCAUAGCCUGCUUCAAAAUGCUGUUUUAGUUAUCUGCAAUACAAAUACACACUUUCUCUGGACUGUGUUGGAAGACGUAGCUGACCAUGCAGUAACAUUAUCAAUAUUUAGCUAUGCAGACAUCCUUGUAUGCAGACAUGUACUUAACUUUUAGUGGCUCACUGGUGGAACAAGUGUCAAAAUAAACAUCCUGUGUUGCGCCCAAAACGUGUUAAACAUCCCCUUAACUUGGCAUUAAGCAAGGGCUGACCACUGCACUCUGUGGCAAGGAGGAAAGCAUAGUUCCUCUGGUGAUUAUAGGCUUUUUAUUCCUCGUGUCACUAUUUCAAAUUUGUUUUUAUUUUUUAUCUUUAUAUUUAACUCUGCAAUGUUGAAAAAAUACCCGUAAGGAAGCAUUUCACUGUUAGUCUACACCUGUUGUUUAUGAAGCAUGUGACAAAUAACAUUUGAUUGAUUAUAUGGAAACUUUUUCUGCAGAGUUUCCCAAGUCCCUGAAGACACGUGAGGAUCUCACAGAGUACCUGACUGUCAUCAUCUUCACUGCCUCAGCUCACCACGCUGCUGUCAACUUCGGACAGGUGAGACUUGGGGCUAGAUUCAAUCAGAUUGACAUCUGCAUAGCGUUGUUUUGCUGGUCUAACUGUAAGUCUGCUAAAUUACUAAAAUGUUAAUGUUAAAUCUAUGACGUUAAAAUGCCUAUUUACGGUCUCAUGACACAAGAGCACCACCUAGCUUCCCUUAGCUGUUAAUGUCUGUCUACUCUGUGUCUAUCAGUAUGACUGGUGCUCGUGGAUCCCCAACGCUCCCCCCACCAUGCGUAAGCCCCCUCCCACACAGAAAGGGGUGGUAGAUGUGAAGUUCAUCAUCGAGAGUCUCCCUGACCGCGGCCGGUCCUGCUGGCACCUAGGGGCCGUCUGGGCCCUCAGUCAGUUCCAGGAGAAUGAGGUACACACACCACACGCACACGCACACUCACACGCACACACACACUCACACACACACAGUGUUUGUCUGCUUUUGUUCUGAAUGUUAAAGAAAGCGCUCCAACCCCUGUGUGUGUGUGUGUGUGUGUGUGUGUGUGUGUGUGUGUGUGUGUGUGUGUGUGUGUGUGUGUGUCCUCUCCUCCAGCUGUUCCUGGGGAUGUACCCAGAUGAGCACUUCAUAGAGAAGCCUGUGAAGGAGGCCAUGGAGUCGUUCAGGAAGAGACUGGCAGAGGUCAGCAGUGUCAUCAAGAUCCGCAACGAAGGCAAGAAACUACCCUACUACUACUUCUCUCCUGACCGCAUCCCUAACAGUGUGGCUGUCUGA